CCCUACUGCCCCUUUCGCUCGGUCUCCUUCCUCCCAUAGAUUGCAAGAAGAAAAGAAAGAGAAAAAGUAAGAGAAAUGAAGUCGCGCUUCUCUUCGCUCGAUAUCCGGAUUCUCGUGAAUGAGCUGCGAUCCAAGAUCGUCGGAUUCCGCGUCGCCAACAUCUACGAUGUCAACUCCAAAACCUACCUCUUCAAGCUUGUGCAGACGGGUGUGGCGGCCGUUGGCCAAGUAAACCAGCAAAUUUUCCUGCUCUCGGAGUCCGGCAAUCGCUUCCACACCACCGAGUAUGACCGCGACCGGUCGCCGAUGCCCAAUGAUUUUUCCAUGAAGCUCCGCAAGCACAUCCGGACACACCGGAUUUCCGGCAUCCGCCAGGUCGGCGUCGAUCGCAUUAUCGAGAUCAGCUUCACCAGCGGCUACCUGCUGUACUUUGAGUUCUUUGCCGGUGGUAAUAUCAUCCUCACCAACCCUGAGCACCAAAUUCUGGCCCUCUUGCGUAUGGCCAAGCCCGAUGAGAACACCCGCUUUGCCGUGCGCGAGACCUACGACAUCUCCCGGGCCCAUGCCUCCCUGACUCCUGUGUCGAGGGACAGCCUCAUGGCCAUUCUCCGGUCCGCCGGGCCGGACAUCGAGCUGCGGCGGCUCCUGCUGGAGACACUUGCCUAUGGGUCCUCGCUGAUUGACCACUGCAUCACCAAGGCCGGCCUGGAACCCAGCAUGAAUGUUGUCCGGUCUUUCGACAUGUCGCCAGACUCGGCCAGCUUCGACAAUCUGUUGGCUGCCCUGCAGGAGGCCAACACCUUUUUCGAGGGCAGCCAGGCCACCACACCCGGGUACAUUUUCACCCGGGCCAACCCAUCCCCCCGCAAGGACCCGGAUGGGAACCUCAUCGACGAGGAGCUCUUCGAGAGCUUCGAGCCCUUCCUCUUCGAGCAUCUGAAGGACCGCCCCCACCGGGUGUUCGACACCUUUGACAAGGCCCUGGACGAGUACUUCUCUCGCAUCGAUGGCCAGCGGGUGGAUCAGCGCGCGGCCCGGGCGCAGCAGCAGUCCCUCAACCGCGUGGCCCACGUGCGCAAGGACCACGAGAACCGCCUUCAGGCACUGCGUGCGGCGCAAGUUUCCAAUGUUGAGCGGGCCCGACUCAUUGAGGCCAAUGUGGACCUGGUUGACGCGGCCCGGCAGAUUGUCCUGUCGGCCCUGGCAUCCGGGUUCCAAUGGUCGCAAUUGUGGGAGCUGGUGGUCAGCCAGAAGGAUCUCGGCCACCCGGUGGCCCGGUGCAUUCAUGCCCUGCGACUUGAGACCAGCCAGAUCGACCUGUCCCUGCCGAUCAUCGAGGAGGAGGAGGAAGAUGCCUACGACUCGGACGAGGACUUUGACAAUGAGGAGGCCUCCACCCGGGGAUCGAAGAAGCGCCGAAUGGUGGUCACCAUCGACCUCGGGGUGUCGGCUUUCGCCAAUGCCCAGAAUUACUACCAGCUGAAGAAGUCCUCCCAUGAGAAGGAGCUCCGGACCAUCAGUGCCUCCUCGAGGGCCAUUCGCUCGACCGAGCGCCUGGUCCGCCAGGAGAUCCAGCAGGUGCAAGUGGCGUCGGCGGUCAACCGCAUGCGCAAGCCCUAUUGGUUCGAGCGCUUUGCUUGGUUCAUCUCCACCGAGAAUUAUCUGGUGAUCGCGGGCCGCGAUGCCCAGCAGAAUGAAAUCCUGGUCAAGCGCUAUCUGCGUCCUGGCGAUGCUUACAUUCAUGCGGACAUCCACGGCGCCACGAGUGUCAUCGUGAAGAACCCCUUCCCCGAUCAGCCGGUGUCGCCGGUGACCUUGUCGCAGGCAGGCACUAUGGCCAUUUGCCUGUCCAGCGCGUGGGAUGCCAAUAUCGUUGUGUCGGCCUGGUGGGUCGAGGCCAACCAGGUGUCCAAGACGGCCCCCUCCGGCGAGUACCUGCCCACCGGGUCCUUUGUCAUUCGUGGCAAGAAGAACUUCCUUCCCCCGGCUCGGCUUGAGAUGGGCUUUGGGUAUAUGUUCCGUCUCGAUGACGAGUCGGUCCCCCGUCACCGGGGCGAGCGCAAGAUGAACCUCUCCAAGGAUGACAUCGAGGCCUAUGCCUCCUCGGUGCAGCGCUACGGCCUCCAGGCAAGUGACACGUCUGCCGAGACACCCGCCUCCGAGUCGGUGGCCGAGAGCUCGGCCGAAUCUUCCGCCGAGUUGGACCUGUCAAAGGUGGACUUCUCGAACAUCACUGAUGACACUGGCUUCGCGCGCGACGCCGACGCAUCUCCCGAGGACAGCGACCAGGAGGCUGGCCAGGGCGCAGAGGCGGCGGACAGGGACUCGAUUUCAUCCGAUGAGGACGAGGAGGCUGCCGAGGAGAUCGCCGCUCCCUCUGCUCCGGAGCCCACCUCCUCCAAGAAGAAGCAGACGGCUGCCUCCAAGAAGAAGCAGGCUGCUGCUUCGAAGAAGCCCUCCCGUGAAGAAUCCCCUCCCCCAGCGAAGGUUCGCGGCAAGCAUGGCAAGAUGAAGAAGCUCAAGAAGAAGUAUGCCGAUCAGGAUGACGAGGAGCGCGAAUUGCGCAUGGAACUUCUCGGGUCCACGAAGGGCGCCAACCAGAAGGCUGCCAAGCGCCAGGAAGAGAUCGCCAAGCGCCAGGAGAAGGUGGACCGGGCCAAUCGCCCGCGCGUCAAGGCCCCGGUCACCUCGCUGAUGCAUGUCCCCGCUAGCGGUGCCGAUGGUGCCGAGAAUGCCGCCGCCCCGGCGACCCUCACUGAGGAGCAAGAGCGUCAGGAGGUUCGCCAGCUGCUGGCCGCCGAGCAGAUUCCCCUUGAUGAUGACGAGGAGGCAGAGCUGUCCACGUCGUCCCUGAUGGGCUAUCUGGAUGCCUUGACCGGUGUCCCCCAUCCGGAUGACAUCCUCCUCUACGCGGUGCCCGUGUGCCUGCCGUACACCGUGGCUCUGACUUAUAAGUUCAAGGUGAAGGUGACCCCUGGAAGCCUGAAGAAGGGGAAGGCUUGCAAGGCCACCCUCGAUCUGGUGGAGAAACACCCUGACAUGACGCGCCGUGAGCGGGACCUCCUGCGUGCGGUUCCCACAACCGAGGCCGUGGCGCAGAUGAUUGGCAAGGCCCGCAUCAGCCCCGCUGCCGGCGAUCGGAAGAAGUGAUUGUUCAUCACUGACGUUGGCUUGUACACACCCAUUACAAGAUACCCAUCGUACCCCGUGGCUGGGCCUAUUAAUUUAUUUUUUUGGAAUACGCACGUGUGCGACUUCAACCCUACACCCUGCUUGCGAGGAGGAAGACACCACUACCACCACCACCACCACCACCACC